UGCGUGUGCGUUAAGGAUUAAGGAGGAAACUGGGGUUGGUGGGGAGAUAUAUCUUCAGCCGGCGAUCCUCGGCAAGAUUAUCACUUACUGUUCGACGCUCAUCCGCAAAGGAUUCUGAAUUAUCAAACCGGAAAAUGAAUUACAUUUGCGUGAUACUGUUUCUUAUAGUGUGCGCAUUGUGGAUCUUUGAAGGAACUUUAUCCUGCGACCAGUGCGGUAGAGAAUGCGCCGAUAUAUGUGGAACUCGACAUUUUCGUGCUUGUUGCUUCAACAAUAUGAAAAAAAGGCAACUCGAUGUUGGAUCAAAAUUAUGGAUAAGACCACGCCGAUACAUGGUAUGGUUGCAGCCGGAUUUCGACAUGUACUAA